UGGUACUUUAUUUCAGUUCAACGACAAGACAACAUGCUGGCGAACUGCAUGUAGAAAACAUCAUAUAAGCGCUUGUGUUCAUGCUAAUUUCGAAUGCACCGACCAUUUAUGGGCAAAGCCGGAAUUUCUGAAUGAAUUUUGCCCUGUAGAUCCACCUCAAGAUCCACCAAAUCCAAAUGUGUUCAAUUUUGGAAUAUUUACUGAUGCCAUUCAGCUACGUAUUCUCGGUUCAGUUGGCUUUCCAAAAAAGUUUUUCCAUUCUUACUGGUGGGGCCUAAAAAAUCUCAGUUCUUUCGGUCAAAACUUGAAAACAAGUCCCCACGUCUGGGAAGUCUGCUUCGCGUGUCUUAUUACUGUCAUUGGCUUGCUUCUGUUUACAUAUUUAAUUGGAAAUAUUCAGACAUAUAUGCAGAUGGCCGUCAAAAGAUCGGAGGAGAUAAGAAAAUCUAUGAGAAAAUCUAUGAGGAUCAAAGAUGAAGAACUCAAGAUAAUUUUCGGCGACAAACUUCCUCCGAAAUUGAAAAUAGUUUUAAUGGAAAGUAUUCAAAAUGCAAAUGAAAAUCAUGAAAAUAUUGAUUGGCAAAAUGUGUUGGCUUCCUUCAAGGGUCCAACAGGGCCUUUCACCAAAGAGGAGAUAGGAUUCAUGUGUAGGAAGUCUGUUUCCCCAGGAUUCGGGAAUGAGAAGGAAAUUCAAAAACUAAGUGCAGACUUGUGGUUGCACAAUAAUAACAUCCCCAGCUAUUUGAAGACUAUUAUCCGCCUUUAUGUGGAAUGGAAUUUGGAAUACAGCAAAGAUGUCAAUCUGCAGACUGUGCUCUCUGUUCUUCCCCUAAAACAUAAAGAGUCUCUCAAGAUUUAUUUUUGCUUAGCUACCCUAAAGAAAGUAAGGUUUUGUUAAUUUUUCCCUUAUAUUAAAUUUGUUAUAUAUGUCCAAUUUUGAUGUGAUUCCGCCCGAGGCCGCUCAACCGAUAACCCACUGGGGUGCUGACUCGACACGGAUGAAGACUAGGCCAAUCACAAGAGCUCAAAUUAAGAGAUUUAAGGACAACCUGGAAGAAUUUAUACAGGGGGUAAUCAAUCUCAACAGAGCUUGUCCAUACUUGAAGAUACAAAGCCUAUUCUAAGCAUCCAAGUGGUGGAAGCCGAUACGGACCCGGGUGACGGUUUUGGUAAAUUUUUGGAGUCCGAGAAGCAUGAAAUGGUUCCAAUGCUUUAUGGGUUCAAUACAUAUGCCUAAGAGGUCAUGGAAUCAAGUUAAAGCAGCCUCAAAUGCAAUCAAAAAGGGCUUGUACGGACAGCUUCAACAAUUUGGCCGAAUUUGCUGUAUUGCUUGCUGGCUUUAUUGUAUUUUACUGUAUUAGCCUUUUCUAAUUUUUCGAAGCAUGGGUAACGUGUGGGCAUUCAUAUUCAGUUUAUUUGGCAUCCUACAAGGCAUCUAGAAACUGAUUUGGAGCUCAAUUUGUUCAAAGAUUGGUCAAAGUCAACUUAGUC